AUGUCCAAGCCUUCACCACCAUCAUGCAAGUGGAGAUCAACAACACAAAAAAAAGAAAAAAUGCAAAAGAUUGGUUCAAAUAUUAAGAAAAUUAAGAAGGGUUAUUCAUCAUCCAACCCCCUUAGAAAUUGUAUUAAUAAUACUCAACAUUGUUCUUAUUCCGAUUAUCAAUCUCAUCAUUCAUUUUCUAAAGAUGUUAUAUUUACUAAUGAAAGUGGUAUUGAUGUAAUGAAUAAUGGAUUAUUAAAUAAGGGAACAUCAUUUAGUAAAACAGAACGUGAUAGAUUAGGUAUUAGAGGGUUAAUUCCACCAACAGUUUCAAAUAUAGAUACUCAAUUAAUGAGAUUAAAAGAAAGAUUUAGUACCAUUCAAACAGAUAUUGAAAAGUAUCAAUUUUGUACACAAUUACAUGAUCGUAAUGAGACUUUAUUUUACUAUUUUAUUGUAAAUAAUAUUAAGGAAUUAGCUCCAAUUAUUUAUACACCAACUGUUGGAAAGGCUUGUGAAAACUUUUCACAUAUUUUCCGUAAACCAAGAGGAAUGUUCUUUUCAGCUUUAGAUAAAGGUGAAAUGAAAUCAAUGGUUUAUAAUUGGCCAGUUGAAGAAGUUGAUGUUAUAGUUGUAACUGAUGGUGGUAGAAUUUUAGGUUUAGGUGAUUUGGGUGCUAAUGGUGAUGGUAUUCCAAUUGGUAAAUUAUCUUUAUACGUUGCUGCAGGUGGUAUUAAUCCAGGUAGAGUUUUACCUGUUUUAUUGGUAUGUUUAAUGAUUUAUAUACAUGAAAAUAUUUAA